UGAACUUGCCACAACAGAAGUAAUCUGCGCGAGAGCCAGGCGCCGAGGUGCUCAUGGAGGUGGCGACCGGAGCUAUGGGGCCGACCACUGGCGCAUGGCUAAAAUUGCGACACGGCUUAUUCAUCCCGCCAGUGACUAGCUGCCCAGCAAUUCCGCUGGAACGAUGACAUUGCGAUGCCCAGUCAAUAACGCAAAGAGCCCAGAACGUUUGCUUCCACCUACUGUUCCAAGUCCGAAUCGCCAUCGUCGUUCUAAAUCUCUAUUGCAGGAGGGAUGGUCAGUUUCAGAACCGGAAAAUUACAACUCUUGUCACCGCGUUCCGCAUCUGUGUACUCUUCUACAAAAUCUGCAGCUCGAACACAAUGAGCGUUUAUGGAUUUACGCAUAUGCACGCCCGCUCAGCUGGAGAUGGUCGGAAUUUUGGCCAGCGCUGAACGAACCCACGGAACUCUACUCGUCGAUGAUUACUUAUGACCAAAGGUCUAAACCGAACAUGACGCAGGCUGCAAUAUACUGCAUGGUCUCUCAUCUCCAAAGUUCAGGAUACUCUUCCCAACUAUUCCAUCCAAGCCCCGAAACUAUCGAACGUGGAGGUGUGACGGCGGUAUUGUGGCAAUAAUGUUGCGUGUCUCUCCUGACAAGAUGCAUCGUACAGCGCAUGUCAUAAUCGUCCGUCUCACGUAUCCUGAUAACUGCGUCUCAAGACCCCGCACUACGUUGUGAA